GAGCUGAGAGAGUUGGCUUGCAAACAUCCAAAUCUGGUGAUGUUGCAAUUAGAUGUUACUAACCUUGAAAGCAUCCGAGCAGCUCAGAAAGAAGUGCAGAAAUGCGUUGGAGAAGGUGGCCUGACCAUCCUAUACAACAAUGCCGGCAUUUGGACCUUCAGUGAUCUGCAAACAGAAAAUGCCAAGAAUAUGAUGAGUGUUUACUCUGUCAAUACUAUUGGAACCCUGCAAAUGAGUCAGGCCUUCCUACCCCUGCUGAAGAAAGCAGCCCAGAGAAGCCCAGGUCAAGGGCUGAGUUGCAGUAAAGCAGCUAUUAUUAACAUGUCCAGCAGCACGGGCUCAAUUGAAUUGAUGGCUUAUUGGGUCCAAUGUCAGAUAAUUGGAUACCGCUGCAGUAAGGCUGCUCUAAACAUACUCACAAAAUGCCAGUCUCUUCAAUAUUCAGCCGAUGGGAUUAUGAGUGUCGCCAUCUAUCCUGGUUCAGUUAGCACUGCUCGCAACCCAAUUCCGGAAAUCAGUGUGGAAGAGAGCACUCAAGGCAUCAUGGCUGUGCUGUCCAAGCUUUGUGAAGAGGACAACGGGACCUUUUUGGAUUGGUUGGGUCGCCCAGUUCCCUGGUGAUCCAUCGGCCUCACCCUUAAGAGAGCGAGUGGCGAUGGAACCUUCAAUAAACCA